UCACAUACACUAAUCUCCCUUGACAGAGAGAGAUACAUAGACAAAGAGAGUGAAAGAGAAAAAGACACACUUUAAACACUUCAGGAGCCACGUUAUGUUUCUGGCACCCUUACACUAUUCUCUUACUUCUUAGCAACUCUGUGGGACAUUUCCUGUAUGCCUCUAGCAGACUUUCUGGGACUCUAAGGCAGACGUCUUCUCCUCAUCCACCGUUCAGCUUCCAUCCCACCCUGUCUGGAUUUGGGGAGUGAGCAGGCGUGUGGGUAGGCGCGACGGAGGUGGAGAGGGCGCGGGGGAACUGGAGCACAGGGGACGCAGAUCCCGAGCGCGAGGAGGCUGGGUCGGGGGCCGGAGCUGGGGCAUGGUGGAGGCAUGCUGAACGCGUUGUGGGAGACUGAGGGGCUGCAGGCGGUGGGAAUCGUGGUGCUGGUGUGUGCCUCGCUCAAGCUGCUGCAUCUGCUGGGACUCAUCAACUUCUCAGAGGACAGCGUGGAGGAUGAGUUGGAGCUUUCAGCUGUCCGCCAUCGCCCCGAGGGCCUGGAGCAACUGGAGGCCCUGACCCGCUUCAACCGCAAGGAGCUGCAGAUCCUCUACCGAGGCUUCAAGAACGAGUGCCCUAGCGGCGUGGUCAAUGAAGACACCUUCAAAGUCAUCUACUCCCAGUUCUUCCCACAGGGAGACGCGUCGAUGUAUGCACAUUUUCUGUUCAACGCGUUUGACACGGAUAAAGAUGGAUCUGUGAGUUUUGAGGACUUUGUUAUGGGCCUCUCUAUCCUCCUCCGAGGCUCAGUCCAGGAGAAGCUCAACUGGGCGUUCAAUCUGUAUGAUAUUAAUAAGGACGGACAUAUUACUAAAGAGGAAAUGCUUGACAUCAUGAAGGCCAUCUAUGACAUGAUGGGGAAAUGCACAUAUCCCCUACUCAAAGACGAUACCCCUCGACAACAUGUGGAGAUAUUUUUUCAGAAGAUGGAUAAAAAUAAGGAUGGUGUUGUAACCAUAGACGAGUUUAUUGACUGCUGCCAAAAUGAUGAGAACAUCAUGAGGUCGAUGCAGCUCUUUGAAAACGUCAUUUAACUCGUGGCUGACCUGGAGAGAUCUGGACUCGACUAUCAACAGACACCAACCAACAACCGGCAUACGGCGCAAUGGACCACACAAAUCAUACAUGUAAUGGUAUGAAACAUUCUGGAAUAACUGUAGCAAUGGACCACACAAAUCAUACAUGUAAUGGUAUGAAACAUUCUGGAAUAACUGUAGCAAUGGACCACACAAAUCAUACAUGUAAUGGUAUGAAACAUUCUGGAAUAACUGUAAAAAAAAAUAUUUAAAAAAUUGAUCUUUACAAUCUUUCCUUUCCAAUUUGAGUUUUGUGGUUUGAUUAAGUAGAUUGAACUCUUCUGUGUACAAAGACACACAUAUCUUAACAGCUGUGCUGCAGUCACCAUUUACAGUAUCUGCAGUACAGGAAUCCAGCAAACUGGGUCAUCACUGUUUCACACAGACACAAAAUAAUGAACCCCGCCUAUUUCUAAGAUGUAUCUUCUUAAAAUUGUAUUCCAAACUUUAACCCUGAUUUUAUACCAAACCUUAAAUUAAAACCAAAAUGCAAAUGUUUGUUUUCAUGAAUUUUUACGAUAUUGCCAAUUUUGCAUUUGUGCUUGUGUUAUCUAGUGGAAACCAGCUAAAUGUGUUAUCUUAUGCCACUGCCUUUGAACAGAUGGACAACAAUGAGCCUGGAAGGUGAAAGUUUGUAUGAUGAAUAGUGACAUAACUGUAUGCUGAAAUCAGGCUCAGAAUUCCAGAAUGUUCCUAACCACUGAGGUUUUUCAGCCACCACGGUCCAUCCUUUGCUCUCCCAGCACCCAAGUAAAAUAGACUUAACAUUGUACCAUUUAAAAAAAAAAAAGUGUAUAUACUCUAAGAAUCUAUGUGGAACUUUCAACUUUGUUCAUGCUUACUUGCCAACUAAAAUGAGACGAUGCACUCCACGUUGAAUUCGAUGACGAGUCUGGACGGUGAAAAGUAUCAUUAGAAGCACACAGGUAGCUGUUACUUACAUUGAGUAUGCGAUUAGGAGAAACAAUUAUCUUGCCACAAGAUUAUGCUGCUUUUAAAUGUACUGUAUUUUAUUUGACUGUACAUGUCUGUAUUCCCCAUGUGUCCUGUUGACUUGUUUUCAUUCAUGUUUCAAAUAACAAUUUUGCAGGUUACACUGGUAUGUUGGAUUUGAAUGAUAUAGAUAUGAUACAUGGUAGAUAUGCUAGUCAAUGUACAAAGGGAUAGUCCGGUGGACAGUAUUAAGCAGAAGCUCACUCUUGGGGGGAAAUGAUGGCCUUUUUGAAUAUGCAAGUUUAUCACUGUCCUUUGCAGAGGGUCACUGGGGUGAAGCUAUACAAGCAAAUUGGAAUCUGUCAUACUUUGGUUUUGAGAGGUAGAUCUGUUGCCCUGUCCAGAAACAACCCCUAUCCCCAACUAUCUAGAGUCUAGAUUCUAGACAAUUAAAAAUGAAAAAACAUUAUUUCACCUUUAUUUAACCAGGUAGACUGGUUGAGAACAAGUUCUCAUUUACAACUGUGACCUGGCCAAGAUAAAGCAAAGCAGUGCGACACAAACAACAACACAGAGUUACACAUGGAAUAAACAAACAUACAGUCGACAAUACAAUAGAAAAAGUCUAUAUAGGGAGGUAAGGCAAUAAAUAGGCCAUAGUGGCAAAAUAAUUACAAUAUAGCAAUUAAACACUGGAGUGAUAGUGGAGGAUUGGACAGGUGGAAACAAUAUGGUGAUAAUUCCACUCAGCCUAUCAGAGGGCAAGGUGGAGCUAUGGCCAUAUUGCUUAAAUAUACUCAGUGUAGGGGUUGUUUCUGGACAGGGCCUGUGUUUUCCUUCAUCUUGUUUGUGACGUGUCCAGUUUCCCUGCAUAUGAGGAUUGAUUGGCCCCUGCGGUCUCUGAUUAGAGUCCUGAUUGGCUCCAAUCAUGCUCAGGGACAGAGCAUGCUGGGUAGCAGAUGGGGCCCCUCCCUCCCCAAUAUCACUACUUACAGGAUGAUUCUGCUCCAAAACCCUACUUUAUUGCCCAUCCCUAAAUUAAAAGUUUGUGGAAAGCAAUGUGGACAUGAGCAAGGAGGUAUCUGCAGUAUUUUGCAUAUUCUGUUUCCUUAAUUGGCGAUAACUUAUUUAUCCAUGUAAAUGUACCCCUGGGAAUGUGUUCUGGAGUUCACAAGGAGAAGCAUAGUCUAGGGAAAUGACUUGUUUGUGUACCUAGCUUGAUCUUAUUUGACAAAGGAUUUUGUUCAGUGGGCUAAUUAUCUCCUUAAAACAUGGGUCGAUUUAAGUAAGGACACAGCUACUUGGACAAGUCCAGGUUGUACCUGACGGUUUCACCAUCUCAAAACGUGUUCUCCCUAUUGAAUGUGUCUCUGGCUAAGAAAGUGACUUCUGUCAAUCUGUUAUUCAACCUUACAUCCUAAUGUAUUUAAAUCCAUCAUAAUAGCAUGAGGUGCAUGAGGGUAGUAAUUGGGUGCUCUGAGUUCAGAUUUUAUUGCACUCAAUCUGAUCUUGGAAAAUGAAUUGAUUGAACAAAGCCUGUUAAAACCUUCACAGAUAUAUGCACAGGACUUAAAUUGUAUUUAUUUUCUUACACGAUGUACCAAUGUUAUUAGCUUAUUUGAGUAGCCUCUGUGUGCUGAGUUUGUGGCUUGGAUCCAUUACAAAAUGUUACAAUACCGCCACCUUGUGGUACUCUGAGCCUACCACUUGGUUCAAAGAAAUAAUGUACUUUGAAAUAUUGGCAAUUCAGGGAUGCAGACGCUGCCAAGAUUUAAAAAAAAUCCCACACCCAUUCAAAUAACUUGCAAUGGAGUCACGUUGUUACUCCAAUCCUGAAAAAACUAGUUGAGUUGAGAAGCAUUAAACACAUUAGGUAAAACAUUGAUGACUUGAAUCGUAUUUUGAAAUAGAAGUGCUGUAUAUUUUCCUCGAAGGACCUCUAUAAAAUGUUAAGGAACUAUGUUCCUCUUUCACUCAAUACAAUAUGCCAUUUUGCAGGCGCUUUUAAUCCAAAGCGAUUUAGUCGUGCACGUUUCACAUUUGGGUGGUCCCGGGAAUCAAACCCACUACCCUGGCAUUACAAGUGCCAUGCUUUGAGCUACAGAGGACCACUCUAAAAAUGUAGGAAGGAAAGACUCAUCUUUCUGCCAUUUAGCUAAAUCUAGGAAACUGCUAUCCAAGAUAGUGUAGGUUUAAUUUGUGCGGACCCAUAUAGGAUUAGAAGGGUGAUAUAAAGGACCUUAAGCUGCACUGGACAUGUCUUUGUGAUUAGGUGAGUGCAUUUUAUAAGAGAGAUUCAAUAAACUGGUUUGAAUGUU